CGGACGAGUGCUUGGUUAUGGCACACAGCGACUCGGAAGGCGAAACUAUAGACGACCUCGAAUUCGAAACUCAUACUACCGAUGCAGACGGCGACGAGGACAAUGAAAUAGACGAGGACCUCCUCGGUGCUCUCGAGAACGGCGUGGAAGAUGCGUCUGAAGCGGAGGAAGAAUCACCUACUGAUGAUUCGGACGACGAGGAUGACGACGACGACGAAGAGACAGCCAUCGAUUUACCACUGGAUGCAGACCCAGUUCCCUCCUCGCCAGCACCACCAACAAGUAGGCAACCAUCACCCCAGUCUCCUACCCCUGACCCACCCGAAGAGCCUCCAGUAAGACCUCAAUCUCCGUCGCCAGCGGAGGCCCGAAAACGAGGCCUGCUAUUUCUCCCCGGUCAACUACCUCGAUCGUUCACCUUGGAGGCGGUUUGCGCCAUUCCCCACCCUGUGCCCACUCACUCUCUCGCUUCUUCGUUUUGCAUGUCACACCUCCUCACCGGCUCAGAGGACGGCUACAUUCGCGAUUAUGAUAUUUUUACUUCGGUUAAUGGCAAGAUUACCCUGACAGCGCCCCAGCGUCAUCACUGCAACGUUGUCGAGGGUAAUAUGAAGGCUGGUCAGAUACGAUGCUGGUGGGAGAAUCCGGACUAUCUCGGCCCUCAGGCUGGGUAUCCGACCAUUGGGGAGUCCUUGUUAUCACCGGUCUACAGCUUGGCCAUGCACUCUGACGCCCUGUGGGCUCUUGGCGGAACGCAACGUGGUCAUAUCAACCUUUUUACCGUAAGACACGACCCUGGAAGACUGAUCCAUGUACUACACGGUCACCGUGGCCCCGUUUCAGCGCUAUCGAUAGAUCAUGACGAGAAAGGUUUGUUCAGCGCGAGCUGGGACGGCGAAGCGAUGCAAUGGGACCUAAAUACUGGCCAAGUGGUCCGAAAAUUCAUUGCCCACGGCGCACAACUUGUUGCUAUUGCCGUAAGACCGCUAAAUCCACUCACUCAGUGUUUCAGCUCUACAUUCUCCGCGGGCGCACCCGGAGAAUGGGAUAGUUACCCCCCCUCUUCUGCUGUCAUGAGCCACAAGAACGAGAGCGAUGCUUCUAUGGCCGAUGCGGACACAUUUCCCAUUUCCGCGGAUGACAACGGGAGACGAGCACAUGAAAUUCAGCCGUCACGGCCGAUUCAAGAAAUUGACGCUAAAUCGGACACAUCUUUUGAUCCUCUAUUUGACGAUGCUGAGCCGGAUGCCGACGGAGAGGCGGACAGUACUUCCCCAGCGGAUGGCGGUGGUGCCAACCAAGCUGUGAAUCCUCAGAAGGAAAGUGCAUCUAUGAGUGGGCAUGCAGGUCUCGCAGUCCCGGAUGCCACAUUUGCGCUACCAAAACAGGAGCUCCAGCAGGUCGUAAAAUUGUCACCAAACUCUGCUAUCGCCCCACCUAAGAAUGCGCCGCCUCUAUUAAAUCCGGAGAACAGUGCUUCGCUUUCUCCGGACAUUCUGAUGAUUGCCGCGAUCGAUGGUCAGGUCAUGCUUUGGGAUAAGCGAGUCAAUACCCCAGGUCGAGGAGUUGGGAGAUUGUGGAUGAGUGAAAAGACGCCACCGUGGUGUGUUUCUGCAUGCUGGUCUACAGAUGGAGCACACGUCUAUGCAGGUCGACGUAAUGGGACAGUGGAUGUAUGGGAUGUUCGAUUGCUGGGAAGUUCCAGACCUUCCUGCAGUACGCCUCGGCUGUUGAGGAGCCUUCGCAAUCCACCCAGUUCAGGGGUGGUGUCUUGCGUUGUGCCAUUCCCUGAUGGUCGCCACAUUGCGUGCGCUUCGAAUGACAAUAUCCGUUUGUGGAACGCGGCCGAAGCUGGGGAAACUGAUGGAAACGUGAAGUCCAGGGGAGGGGUGCCAUUCAAGGUGGUGCCAGGCCAUCAUGGGGGCUAUGUGUCUCAAAUGCUGGUAGAUCCGGGAGCACGUUUCCUUGUGAGUGCUAGUAGUAAUCGUGGGUGGCACGGGGACUCCACUCGGACGGUAUUUGUACACGAGAUCAAGCCAAUUCCAUAAAACUAGAUUCCAUCAAGCACUUUCUAUAACGUUGCUUGGAGUUUAUUUGACUGGUUUACGAGACAGAUCAUGGAAUUGGCCGCCAAGAUGGGUCGUGUGGUCGAUUAAUAUUUAGAUUAUGCUUGUCGUAUUUCAAAUGAAGAAAAAAGGGAUCUUUAGUGUGUU